UUUCCAAACGUCAGUCGGCCGUUGUAGAUAAAACAAAUGCAGUCUCUAUAAAUAUCAGCUAAUUCAUAAAAAAAACGUACUAAACGGAAAUGUAUUCGAAAAAAUUGAAUUUAAUGAAAACUUCAUACAAUGGCAGUCAAUCGCCAAAGUCUGAAGAGGAAACCGAAAUGGAUGAAACAACCAUGUCGAAUAGGGCCGUAACAAAUGCAAAUCCGGAAGAGGCACUCGAACUGGAUGUGGUCAUCACAAAUGUUGUCUGCUCUUUUAGUGUGCGUUGUCAUCUCAAUUUGCAGAACAUAGCGUUGAAAGGAUCGAAUGUGGAGUAUCGUCGCGAGAACGGAAUGCUGACGAUGCGUCUACGUCGUCCUUAUACGACGGCAUCGAUCUGGUCAUCCGGCCGGAUAACGUGUACGGGUGCCAUUUCGGAGAUGCAGGCGAAGGUCGCCGCACGGCGUUAUGCCCGCAUUUUGGAGCAUUUGGGUUUUCCGGUGCGAUUCCAGAGUUUUCGCGUUGUGAAUGUGUUGGCCACCUGUUGCAUGCCCUGGCCCAUUAAAAUUGUCAAUUUCUCGAUGCACAACCGUGAAAUGGCCAGCUAUGAGCCGGAACUCUAUCCGGGUGUCACCUAUCGCAUGCGUAAUCCCAAGGCCACUCUUCGAAUCUUUUCGACGGGCAACAUUACGGUUACGGCUGCGAGUGUUAAUGCCGUUGAGACGGCCGUACAACGUAUUUAUCCGUUGGUCAACGAGUUUCGAAGUGUUCGUCUGUCCUCAUCGAAAAAAACCGAGUCGGACUCCGGCGAGGAACUGGCGGAUGCCACUGGGAAUGCUGCAUUGCCUGGGAAAAUUCCAAUAUCAACUGUUGUUGACAGUACCUUCGUGGCGGCAACCAAAUCCUCACCGCCCAUAAUUGAUGCAGCUGACAAUAUUUGUGGCAAUGCUCGUCGUCGUGCCACAGCAUGUUGGGCCAGCAAACUGGAUAAGAAACGUCCACGUUACAAUGAAGCCAGCUCUCAGGCCACAGUUCAAGCUAACAAUUUGGCCAGCUCCAUCAGUCACUCCAAGAACAAUCAGCUGUCCAGGAAGCCGGCCAAACACUUUAAGGAUCUCAACUAGACGAAAGAAAAUAAUAUUUUCUCAACAGAUCUUCAGGUGGAUGAGCGUGGAUCUGAAAAACUUGAAACACUAUUCACCCAUUUCAGCUUCCCUCUCUGAGGAAGUUAUAAAUAAAGACUGACAUUAUUCUACAAUUAAGACAAGCAAUUUAAAACAAACAUUGUGAUAUUAACAAGUGGCCUGGCUACAUAGUUGACAUCGCUCAUACUUACCUAAGAUAUUCAAAAACUACAAUGACAAUAUUCCUACCUAAAACACUUGUAAUAAAUAUUCUUA